AUGGAGGAUGAAAUAGAUGAAUGUAUAAGGAAAAAGAUCCAAUGGCAGCAGCUUCCUAAUAAUAUAAAAAAGUUGUUAAGUGACUCUCCAAAAGAAUAUGAACGUUACAUAUUCGAGUUUAGCGUUAAAAAUCAACUAAGAUUCAGAGGAAGCUUGGUAAGAUCAAUAAGGAAAGAUGAAAGGAAGUAUUAUGAAGCCCUGGUACAAAGCAGUAUACAGAGGCUCAUGCUGUACCCAUAUCACUUAGCCGAUAUGAUUGUUAAAGGUUUAAGGAUAACUCCGUUUAUAUAUUACAUUGAAGUUGUAGCGUUGCUCAUAGAAUUGGAGAAGAGUUAUGAUACUAUGCCCAACUUUACAGCUGCCGAUUGUCUUCGUCUUCUGGGCAUAGGUCGUAAUGAGUAUCUUGAAUUGGUAGCAAAGUCUCGAUCUUUGGGCCGUCGUGGUAGAAGUAAGGCUAUCCGUUCUUUGUUGCCUAGAGUCCCACUUAAUAUACCGAUGCAGCCAUGGUGGAGAGUUGAAUUAGGAUAUGUACUUGAAGAUGAUGUUAAGCCAUUAAGUGAAAGUGAGAAAGUUGUUAUUGACAUGUUGAUUGACCGGGGCUCGCAGACAGCUGGUACACUCGACUACAACGUGGUCAAGACACUUUACAGGCGGGGUUUAAUUUACCUGGACGUUCCAAUAACGUCUGCGGACAAGGUGUCGGUGCCUCCUUUAAAGGGCUUUGUGAUGAACCGCAUCGCUGGCGACUACUUCGAGACGUUACUUUAUAAAGUGUUCGUGUCCAUUGACGAGCACACAAGCGUGGCAGAACUGGCUGCAGUGUUACAGGUUGAGUGUGAGUUAGUGAAGCAGGCCGUGUCUCUGUACUGCCGGCUCGGGUUCGCUAACAACCUGCAGCCGCCGCCCGUGGUGCCUCAACACGCCUCCUGGAGGGACGCGCUCACCACGCAUACACAUCAACCAUAUCGACAAAUAGCUCCACUGACCUUUGAACAAAAUGUUGAAGAUGUUCUACAAAUGGAGCCGGUACUUAUAAAGGAUAUGCCGUCUACUUCAAAACAGAAAUCUCAAUCGGAAUCCUCAGAACCAUCAAACAGCGGAAGUCAAAGGGUCGCCGUUCUAUUUGACUCAACCUUAGCUGCCUAUCUCAUGAUGGGGAAUCUGUCGCCUGAUCUCAAAAGUCAUGCGGUUACAUUGUUCGAAGUUGGAAAGCUUUGUGAUGAAAGUUUGGACAGCCUGCUGAUGGAAUUGGAUAAAGUUGUAGGUGACCCUGAAAUAGAAGGAGAGGCUCGUAGAUAUUUAGCGGCUGCAGCGUGUCUGCGGAUAGCGCUGCGUACUUUGAGACCAAAAUUACGACCGCUUGAUCUACUGCGCUGUGAAGCGCUUCAUGCGUUAGAUGCACCUGCUAGAGCUAGGUUACUGGCCACUAAGUACAGACUGGCGAUAUCUACUGCGCCGUUGAGUCGCGAGGCCCGCGCGGGGUCUGCGGCGGGCUCCUUGCCUCACGUGGGGCCCGCGCCCCCGGAGGCUGGCUCCCCCUGGAUGAAACUAUAUCUGUAUCACCUGGCCGGAUAUGGACCACCUACAUUACUGCUGCUUAAAGGUACAGUACUGCGCGCUGUUCCAAGAUGUCUACUAGGUUUCUCUCGGUUGGCGGUGUCUUGGUGGGGGGCGGAGUCAGAGUCCACGGCGCUGCCCGCGGCGGGUGCUCUAGCGGCGGCCAACUCGGCGCUCCGCCGCGGGCCCGUGUUACUACAAGCGGCCGGCGUGCGAGCCCCACCCGUCCUCCUACACGUGCCCUUCCCGCCGUCUAACGACGAACAUGAUGAGUAUCAAAGUCUAUGGCGUCGUCACGGCGGUCUUCGUCGUGUGAGUCGCCGCCUGCGUCUGUUUCGGUCCGCGGGGUACGUGACGCUAGCUGACAUUGGGGUCCCGGAUCUUGGUUGUGCGAGACCCCCCUCCACCGUACAACUAGUUACCCCCAGGAAGAAGAAGGACGUGUGUGGCAUCGCGAAGCCGGUCAGCGAGAUAUCGAUAUCAUCUAACGAAUCCACAAAAGAAAUCUCCGAAUUCAAGAACACUAGGCUCCAAUCACCCAUAGAGUCCCACUUCGCUAACACACCGACCGCUGACAGCAAAACCGGCUCACCAGCUAACGGGUUCACGAGCGCAGAGAGCGGGAAACUUCUCUGCGAAGAACUGGACAAUCUGAAUCUUGAUAAACAUUUGAGCAAAGAAUCAAUAACUAGCGACGAUUUCGUCCCAAUACAUUCCUCUAGAAGCAUCGACGAUCUAAACAAACAUUCCACUGAGACUCCCAGGAGCAAAGAGUCGGUAGACGAAAUAGUACCCGUUCAUAACACUAAUAUCAAAGAUAAAGACAAGUUGGACAACCAGUUGAGCGAUCUGUUGAGUCCAGUUGAAGAAUCCAUAUCGAUGUUCACUCAGUUGUCCGACAAGUUGACUGAAAUAACUAACGAAGGAGACAGCGGCGUGGACACAGCUCAUAAUAACUCCGACGAUGAAACUUGUAAACCAGAGAAAUGGACCAUUCUGGAUCUUCAAUUCGGCAUUCCAUUGUUCGACGAGGCGCUCUGUGAGAAUGUCUGUCGCAGUAUCAUUGAUAGGAUCGCUAAACCUGAGUUAUUGGAGAAAGUCAAAGAAGACAACGAGUUUAUUCGUGCGGACCUGUUGAAGUUUGUCUCACAAUGUCAGUAUUACCCCGGCGAAGAUAUGGGCAUAGUGAAGAGAGGGACGCUGGUUCCACUGCCCAGAAAGAAUUUGGUAUUCGAAAACGGCCAGAUCAGUGAGUGGACGGGAAAAUGA